AUAGAUAGGCUAUUGUUAGAAUACCCUGAAGAAGAAGGCGGGAACAUUGUGCUUCUCAGCCAAUCCCUGCACAAGAUGUUGACCGAGUGGUUGUUUCCAGCCAAUCAAUUGGACGAUUUACGACAUUCGCUGUAAUCAGGCGGGGCGGGAACCUUCGAACCUCGCAAACAGGAAGAUGGCGACGCUUCGCAGCCGGGUUGUGCGGAUUUCCUCCUUGUGACCGGAACGGUGCUCGGCUGCACAGAUGCCGCUUCGCAGGGUUAAGUGGCCGCUGUUUGCAUGCACGGCGGUGGCCGAGACCCGGUGCUUCCUUGCCGGCCCCGACCGCGAGGAAAUGUGCAUGAACGGCCGGACUGCGCAUGCCUCUCUCUGAUGCAGCCUCUCUCUGCUCGCGAUCUCCCCCUAAUGGCAAAAUGAGGCCAAGCACUUUUGAGCUCUCCGCCAGCCUGUGCGAAGCGCUGCGAGGCGAGGAAACUGAGAUGGUAGAAAUUCUUCUGAAAAGGGGCGCAGACCCCAGCCUGGUUCUGCCAGAUGGGAUUGCCGCCAUCCACUUGGCUGCUGGCAUGGAGCAGGAGAGUGGGGUUCGGUGUCUUGGCCUCAUCCUUCAAUAUGGCGGAGAUCCCAAUGUCAGGUCUGUGGAUGGUCUGACCCCUUUGCAUGUGGCAGCUUCCUGGGGAUGCUAUACCUGCUUAAAGCUCUUGCUGAUGGAAGGAGGAGAUACCAGUCUGGAAGACCAGGAUGGGAACAGAGCUGUCGAUCUAGCCAUGGAGCAAGGGAACGAGAUGUGCGUCCGUAUCCUCCAGCAGUUCCUGGGAGAAUCAAGACUGGAGCAGAACUCCCGGAUGUCCCACAGGAGAACCGAGAGCUUCCUCUCCACGGACACAAAACGUGAUUCGGAAAUAGGCAGCUGGCUAUCUGAGGACGACAGCUUUGGCGACAGGACCCUGAAAUCUCCCUCGAAAGCGAGUCUGGAAGAUGAGGGACCAGGCGGUCCCAUCCGCUAUCUUGUUGGAGCUGCUCCAAAUGGGAAUCGUAUCCCAGGGGAAGAAGUGUAUUGCUCCGGGGAACAUCCGUCCAACUCAUUGCUGACUGAGGAUACUCUGAGACAAGACGCGCUAUGCAGUCAACGCACUCCCCACGCUCCAGCGGUAGCCUCCUCAUCCGGCACAUGGCACUCAUGUCGCGACAUUCCUGGAAACCUAACCCCAAGCCGGUCUACAAUACGGCUUCCCAAGCAUGACGAGUCACUGUGCCCUAAAUCGGAAGGACGUAUCGGCGGCCCCCAGCAUCCCUGCUUCAGAAACACUACAGAUGGAGGGUGGCGGUCAUCUGCAAACGGAGCGGCUUCUCAAGGCAGCAUCUCUCCUGACUCUUCAGUUGUCUCCCAGUCAGAAACUCCUAAACUGAGCCCGAAUGUAGCGAGUAGAUUCUGGGGAAGCCCCCAGGCCGCUCCCCUUUGUGCAAUUCAGGACGCAUAUGAAGCAGAAACAGAGGACGCUGAUGCCACUCUCAACCUUUCUCGGUACAAGAGUUUUCUUGAUCCGGAUCUGGUGGUGAAGGUCACCGGCCAGGAAGGGCUGGACGUCACCUCCCCGGAUCACGCCUACCUUUUCCCCCAGUUAAAUUCCACAGCCGCGCUGGACUUGGAAAAGACUGUGGUGGACCUGCCGUUUCUGGCCAGGGCACGUGGGAAAUUGGAGGGGUGCCAAGAGGAAGGGAAAUCUUUGAGUGACAGCUCAGAUGGUGGCGGCAGCCAGUACGCUUCGUGCAACAGCGAAUGCUCUGCAAGCUUCUCAGAAGGGCCGUGCGACAGCGAGGCUCAGAAAUACGCGGAGACGAAAGCAGACUUCUUUGGUUCUCCGUGCCGUUUCGGCAAUGUACAGCGUAAUAGUUGGUCGCCCCAGAUGUCCCAAGGCCCGUGUUCUGGUGUAUCACAGUGCUGUUCAGGAGAGCAUGCAGAGACACUGUCAGUACCAGUGGCUGGCAGAGACACGGUUUCUCCCAUUAGAUCUGGGGGCACGAGGCGCUUGUGUGAAAGAUCCCAUUUUAGAGAAGUGUUUUCCAAAAUAUAUCCCGAAAAGGUACCUUUGGAUCUUCACAACGGGCAGAGUGAAUGUUUGGAGGACGUCAAACAGUCAGACCUCCCCCAAAUGUCCCAGGAUGAGCUUCAACCCACAGAGAACUGGAACUUUAGCACUUUGCCGUUGAGGGAAUCGCAGAGCCUGAGUGUUCCCGAUGAUUCUAAAACAAAGGACACGGCUCCUUCAAAGGCUCCGGCUUCUGUGAUCAGGAAAGAAGACUCUAUUGCUGAAUUGCAACAGAGAUUGAACGGAGCCGCCUCUGCCGAAGUGUGGGCUGAGUUGAAUGUGGACGCAGGGAAAAGGCCUGUGCUGGGUCUCUCUCAGAGCACGCAGGGCGCGGCAGAAAGAGGGGGGGAUUCAUGGGGCAGCGACACCAUACUGAUCCAGCAGAAAUCAGAAGAGAUGCAGCCUUUACCAGUCAGCCAGGACUCUACCAUGCCUGCGGAUGACCCAGUGGCCGUCCCUCAUCAUACUCUGAACAUCAGAGAAGAAACCCCAGACCUGGAGAUGAGGCUGAGGACGAUGAUGCUUGCAACCAAGGCUCACCGCUCGCCAUUGCUCCCACUAGACCAAAGGCCCUGCCACGUUACACCCCGCUCCAAAAGCCGCACAAAUGCCUCUGCCAGUCGUACCAGUGGCAGCGCCUCGCUCUUUGAUGAAACCCUGGAGAUGCCAAGACGCCCCAGGAGAGUGAGAAGUCUAGACAGGAUGGCUCGUGAAGCAGGGCAGCAGGGGGCGGGCCUGAGGAGCAGGAGUUCACCUUGCCUUGAGAAAGAACAAACCAGCGUCCUGCAGGAUACCGAGUUAAUCGCAGGGAGCCCCAGAAGCUGCCAGCAAGCUAGCUGGCCGCAGUCUCACCUUUCAGGCCCUAACAUUGGCAGCCUUGAAGCUCCAGCAAACUGGUCGCAGUCUCACCUUUCAGGCCCUAACAUUGGCAGCCUUGAAGCUCCGGCAAACUCUGGGAGAAAGACUGGCACAAAUGGCUCCAGUAGGGAGGCAGCUGUGAAACUUGGCGUCAAUUGCCAUGGGAGCUUAGUGGUGAAACCUCCCACAGUGGACACCACGUGGCUUCCGAGGGAGGGAGAGGAGGACUGCACGGACCACGAAGGGGCUGAUGCUGUGGCUUCUGGUGUGGAGCUUGGAAAUUCAGAUGAGAGGCACGGCAGCACCAAAAGGCCACCCAAACCUUCGAGGGUCAGUUUCAGCAGGCUUUCUGCCAGAGAACCAUCAAGCCUAUUGGGACGCUUCAGCCCUCUGCCUGAAAGACUGAGCCCCAGUCCCAACUCCCGCAACUGGGAUGUCCCACUGUCCCCCGGAGGCCGAAGGGCGGCACACCCUUGUCGGUUGCGGCAUGUAGCGCCCCAAGCAACAGACCCCUUUGUGCAGUACAACACUACAAGUUCCGAAGACACCAUUAUCUACGACUGGCAGUCGUACACAAAGAGCCAAGCGGCAGGGCCGUCAGACAAGGAGAACAGUUGCCCACGGGCAUUUCUGGAACUGGGUCACCUCUCUGAUGAGACUCUGGUCAGGAAGCUCCGAGACUUCGGUGUCAAUCCGGGGCCUGUGACGGAGCUCACCCGGAAGGUUUACAUGCAGCUGUUGGAGAAGCUGAUGAGUGACCCAAAGAGCAAGGCUCGGAAGGGCUCCACAGGAUACAGUCCGGAGCUUUCUUCUGCCCUGGAAACAUAUCAUAUCCCAGAUGGCAAAGACGAUGAGAUGACUCUGUCCAGGCAGUUUGACCAGCCAGACAAGAACCGGAAGUGGAGGGAGGGCGUCCUGAAGUCGAGCUUCAAUUACCUGCUGUUGGAUCCCAGGGUCACCCAGAACUUGCCCUUCCGCUCGCAGUACGUGAGCCAGCAAGAAUGCUUCCGGACCUUCAUCAGUGCCAUCUUCUACGUGGGGAAGGGGAAGCGGUCCAGGCCCUAUUAUCACCUUUACGAAGCCUUGACCCACUUCAAGGAGAGUCGGAGAAAGCGCAAGGCCAAGGCAUGUCCCAAAGUCCAGCACAUUUUGGAAAUCUGGGCGAGUGGAGAGGGUGUCAUAUCCAUGCACUGUUUCCAGAACGUCAUCCCCGUGGAGGCCUACACGCGAGAGGCCAGUAUGGUGGAUGCCAUCGGGCUGAAGAUGCUGACCAAUCAGAAGAGGGGGGAUUACUACGGCGUUGUGGCGGGCUGGCCCAUGAAGCGGCGCCGGUGCUUGGGCAUCUACCUGUUGCACAGGGCAAUGCAGAUCUUCCUGGCGGAAGGGGAGCGGCAGUUGCGGCCCGCUGACAUCCACACGAGCUAAUGAUGGGCUGGUUGCUAUUGCUUUGCCAACCCAGCAGUGGUUCAGGCUGCGUGGCGACCUCUUGCUAGUGCCCAGUUGUUGGGAUCUGGUUGGAACUGGCCAGUGAGAUGGGCCUUGGCACUCUCCUGAAGAGGGGGUUUGUGGGAACUGGUUGCCACUGUAUCCCUGAGGCUAGAGCUGCCAGGAAUCCUGUUUAGAGUAGCUGCAGGUCCGGCUGUCUGAUGCAAACUACACUGCCUGCUGCCUGCGAGUAUACCAGACUCCCUACAUUAGAAAGACUCAUUUGGGAUAAACUGAUGCUCUCCACCUUCCACAAUGUGAAUCGCGCCCCCCCCCAUAUUAGUUAUUGACUGCAGUGGCAGAUCUGCCAGAGGGACAUGACCCUGGGCACCACCCAUAGGUCAUGUGGGGGGGCACAAUUGACCCCGGGCACCACCCAUAGGUCAUAUGGGGGGAGCACAACAUCACCCCCCACAUGAACUACCCUCCCUCUGGCAGAUACCCUCCCGGCCUGGCUGCUGCCCUCGGCUAAGAGGUGCCCAGUGGACCCACGGCAGGCUCCUUUCCCAGCUGCUCCUGAAGGAGCCUGUCGCAGGCCCACUGGGUGCCCCUCAGCUGGGGGCAGCAGGUUUCCGGCCUGGCUGAGGUAAGUGGGGCAGGGAAGGGGGGCGCUUGGGCUGAAGUUGCCCCAGGUGCCAUUUUCUCUCCGUACGCCUUUGAUCAGGGGUCUUCAAACUAUGGCCCU